AGCAUCCUUUAAAAGGCGGUAAUUAGCCAAUAGAUUCAUUCAUUUCUUUUGAGUAGCACUACUAAAAUUCUGUGUGAUAGGGUUGGAAAAGAAGGAAGUGGGCAUUCUAAGUUAACUGGAUAGUUAAAUGAAAAGAUGGGCAAGAUAACCUUUUUGCUGGCUUUGCUGAGUCUGAGCUUGACCUUGAAACUAGGCAGUACCUAUCAGCGAUUCAGUGUGUUUCGAAGGAUGUUUGAAAGGAUAAAGUACUCUGUGCCAUCGGAAGGAGACCCUGGGCAACCACUGUUUCUGACACCUUAUAUUGAGAGUGGCAAAACUGAGGAAGGAAGGCAAUUAAGUCUUGUGGGCCCUCUUCCAGGAGCCAAUGUGAAGAGCUAUUCAGGGUAUCUCACAGUCAACAAAACACACAACAGCAACCUUUUCUUCUGGUUCUUUCCGGCUCAGGUACAGCCUGAGAAUGCUCCUGUUCUCCUUUGGCUCCAAGGCGGUCCUGGAGGAACAUCCAUGUUUGGCCUUUUCGUUGAACAUGGACCAUAUGUUGUCAACAAGAAUCACACAUUGUCUGAAAGAAAGUUUGCUUGGACAUCAAAGUUUUCCAUGCUCUAUAUUGACAAUCCAGUUGGAACUGGCUUUAGUUUUACAGAUGAUAAAGGAUAUGCAGUGAACCAAGAUGAUGUUGGAAGAGAUUUAUACAGUGCCCUUAUUCAGUUUUUCCAACUGUUUCCUGAUUAUCAGAAAAAUGACUUCUAUGUAACUGGAGAAUCUUAUGCAGGAAAAUAUGUGCCUGCUAUUGGCUACUACAUCCAUACCCAUAAUCCCACAGCAAACAUAAAUAUCAACUUUAAGGGUAUUGUCAUUGGAGAUGGCUUUUGUGACCCUGAAAUGAUGUUGGGUGGCUAUGCAGAAUUCUUAUAUCAAAUUGGCUUGGUGGAUGAGAAGCAGAAGAACUAUGUCCAGCAGCAGACGGAUCAGGGAGUAAACUACAUCCAACAGAAGAAAUGGAAAAAAGCCUUUGAAGUGUUUGAUGAACUCCUGAAUGGUGAUACAACUACAAAUCCUUCUUAUGUUCAGAAAGCUACAGGAUGUAGCAACUACUUCAACUUCUUGCAGUGCCAGGAACCUCCGGAUCAGGAAUAUUUUGGAGAGCUGUUUGCUUUACCAGAAGUAAGGAAAUCUAUUCACGUUGGAAACCUAACCUUCCAUAAUGGGUCUAUAGUUGAAGAUCAUUUGCUUGAAGAUGUGAUGAAGACAAUCAAGCCAUGGUUGGCUGUUCUAAUGGAUAACUACAAAGUUCUCUUGUAUAACGGACAACUUGAUAUCAUUGUCGCUGCUGCACUGACCGAACGAUUUCUGCCCACUGUGCAGUGGACCAGAGCAACAGAGUACAAGAAUGCUGACAGAGUUGUAUGGAAAAUAAAUCCUAAAGAUCAAGAAGUAGCUGGCUUUGUACGCCAGGCAGGUGAAUUCUAUCAGAUCAUUGUUCGAAGUGGAGGACACAUCUUGCCGUAUGACCAACCUGAAAGAUCUUUGGAUAUGAUAGACAGGUUUAUUUCAGGGAAAGGAUGGAAACCUAAUGAAUACUGAAUAUACAGCUUGAAUGCUGCAGCUAUGAGAGCUUUAAGGGGCCUAUAGAGAAACUCUUGCCAGGAGGCUGGAUCAUAGGCUUGAAGAUUAAAGUAUUAAAAUUGA